AGUCCCAGCACACACCCACCGCCGUCCCUGCGAGCGGGGCGCGGGGCAGCGCUGCCGCGGGGCCGAGGGCACUUUCCCCCGCCGCCGCCCCGAGCCGCCGUCCGCCCGGCGCCGUCCGACCCGUCCAUCCCUCGGUGCCCCCCGGAGGAGCCGCCCCGUUCCGCCGCCUCCCGAUCGGGGCAAGGUGUCUCGCUCCGGCGCUCGAGUACAAUGAAUUCUGACUCCAGCUCCGUCUCCAGCAGAGCCUCCUCGCCGGACAUGGACGAGAUGUACCUGCGGGAGCACCGCCACCACCACCACCACCACCACCCGGAGAGCCGCCUCAACCCCGUCUCUUCCACGCAGGGCGACCUGGUGCAGAAGAUGGCCGGGGAGGGCCUGGCCCGGGGCGGCCCCAAGGCGCAGGGGGAGGGCGGCAAGUACAAGAUCAAGAAGCAGCUCUCGGAGCAGGACCUGCAGCAGCUGCGGCUCAAGAUCAACGGGCGGGAGCGCAAGCGGAUGCACGACCUCAACCUGGCCAUGGACGGGCUGCGGGAGGUGAUGCCCUACGCGCACGGCCCCUCCGUCCGGAAACUCUCCAAAAUCGCCACCCUGCUGCUGGCCAGAAACUACAUCCUGAUGCUCACCAGCUCCCUGGAGGAGAUGAAGCGCCUGGUGGGGGAGAUCUACGGCGGCCACCACUCGGCCUUCCACUGCGGCACCGUGGGCCACUCCGCCGCCGCGCACCCGCCCCACGCCGCCGGCGCCGUGCACCAGGUGCACCCCAUCCUCGGCGGGGCCCUCUCCUCCGCCAACGCGUCCCCGUCGCUGCCAGCCUCGCUGCCGGCCCUGGGCACCAUCCGGCCGCCCCACUCCCUGCUGAAGACCCCCUCCACUCCCCCCGCGCUGCAGCUCGGCGGAGGCUUCCAGCACUGGGCCGGCUUGCCGUGCCCCUGCACCAUCUGCCAGGUGCCCCCCCCGCCGCACCUCUCUGCCCUCUCCGCCUCCGGCAUGGGCCGGAUCUCGGCGGACACCAAGGACCUGCUCAAGUGAGCCGCCCCGGCUCUCUGCCCCCCGCCCCCGGGAGCGCGGGGCCGGGGAGGGAAGGACCCGGCCGAGGGGACGCUGCCGCCCGCGCUGAGCCGGGAGAGGAGCGAUCCCCGCGGUAAAAAGAGUAAUAGCGAUGGGGAGAAAAUGUAAAUAAUUCCUUAAAAUG